AUGAUUCCGCGUCCGCGUCCCUACGACAGCAUUGAAUGUGCUCCAACUGGUAGAUCCACCUGCCGGAUCUGCAAGAAAAAGAUCGCCAAAGGUGCUGCAAGAGCUGGGAUUCACUCGCUGCACAAAAGAAUCUACUGGAACCGCUACUUUUAUCACAAAGAAUGCGUAAAGACCACCUCGGUAGGAAUAAGUCUAUGGAAACAAGCCAAGCUUCCACCAAAUUUGUUGCUCAGGCAAAAAGGAGGGCACGAUUUGUCUCGAAUGAGUCUGUUGGAUUUGGGCGAAGCAAAAAUCGAGAAACAGAAGAGAGUUUCAGACUCAACCAUACGAGAACGAUCAGAUCUGAGAGAGAAGCUUCGAAGACUUAGAUUUGGGAUUGCUCAGCGGCUGAACUAUGAGCCGUAUAUGGUUUUUCCAAAUAGCACGUUGGACGCCCUCGUGUUGCACUUGCCAUCGAAUCGAGAAGAACUGCUCAAGAUCAGUGGAUUUGCUGCCAAGAGAACGGAGACUCUUGGGCCAUUCGUCUUGCCCAUUAUUCGUGACUACAAGAAGAAAUUGACGACUACCGACAGCAGCAGCAAUAGCGACAAGGCCCGCGCAGCAGUUCCGUGUUUAGAGGAGGAGGAAGAGGAGGUUACAGUCGAACGAGAAGUUUCCGGAGAAGAAAUAAUCAAUCGACUAUUUGAAGAAGCUUAUGAAAAAGGAGUUGUAAUUACACUUUAG